AUGAACCUGGAGGGUGUGGGCGAUGAGGUGAGAUGUCGCGCCUUUCCCGUGACCUUGGCGGGACCGGCAAUCCGUUGGUUUAACGCCCUCCCUCAAGGCUCUGUAACGACUUUUACGGACAUAACCCGCGCUUUUCUGGCUCAGUUCACCACGCGCAUUGCCAAAGCAAAGCACCUGAUCAACUUGCUGUGGGUGACACAAAGAAGCGGAGAACCGACUAGGAAGUACCUGGACAGGUUCAACGAUGAAUGCCUGGAGAUCGAAGGCCUGACCGACUCAGUGGCCAGCUUGUGUCUGACAAACAGGUUGUUGAACAAAGACUAUAGGAAACACCUCACCACCAAGCCUGUGUGGACAAUGCAAGAAAUCCAAAAUGUGGCUAGAGAGUACAUCAACGACGAGGAGGUCAGCCAGGUCAUGGCAGCCAACAAGCGGCAACCCACCUAUCACCCUGCUCGUCAGCCCGGUAACGGGGAAUGGCCUAAGGAGCACUCCAAGGACGGAACGCCAGCUAAAACCAUUAAGACGUUCCCCCGAGCAGGAAAGUUCACUAACUACACCACCCUAACGGCCCCGAUCGUUAAGGUGUACCAGCAUAUAGCCGACAAAGGCAUCUUGUCGAAGCCUCGCCAACUCAAGGACAGAACCGAAGGGAACAAGAACCUCUACUGUGACUACCACAAGGGCUUCGGCCAUAAAACCCAAGAUUGUUUUUACUUGAAGGACGUUCUGGAGUAG